ACGCGACGCGACGUGACGCACUCACGCACGCACGGGUUGGGGAGGAGAGAGAGGAAGACGUCGAGUUGACGGAAGGCGCCGUCGGCCGCCACCUACGUGCAAAAAUGCUACCAACAACAGCGUUCAGUGCCACGAAUCAUGGGAAUGGUGCGUUAAACUCCCGCGAUGCUGCCCGCCAUACAGCUGGAGCCAAGCGGUACAAGUACCUCCGACGACUUUUCCGCGUGAAGCAGAUGGAUUUUGAGUUUGCCAUGUGGCAGAUGUUUUAUCUGUUUACGUCGCCACAGAUGGUGUACAGAAACUUUCACUACAGGAAACAGACGAAGGAUCAGUGGGCCAGAGAUGACCCGGCCUUCCUGGUUUUGCUCAGUAUCUGGUUGUGUGUGUCCACUGUAGGGUUCGGCUUCGUGUUGGGAAUGGGGUUUUUUGAAACCAUAAAACUCCUUCUGUGGGUCGUCUUCAUCGACUGUGUAGGCGUUGGACUACUCAUAGCCACGUUCAUGUGGUUUGUUACCAACAGAUACCUGAUGAAACCACAAAGCAAAGAGUACGAUGUGGAGUGGGGCUAUGCCUUUGACAUCCAUCUGAACGCUUUCUAUCCACUUCUUGUCAUCUUGCAUUUUAUCCAGCUCUUCUUUGUAAACCAUAUUAUAAUCAAAGCCGGGUUCGUCGGUUACUUAGUUGGUAACUCAUUCUGGCUCAUUGGCAUUGGCUAUUACAUCUAUGUUACUUUUCUCGGAUACAGCGCACUGCCGUUUCUGAAGAACACGGUCGUCCUCCUGUAUCCAUUUGCACUCCUCGCUCUAUUAUACCUCUUGUCAUUGGGACUGGGGUGGAACUUCACCAAAGGACUGUGCUGGUUCUACAAGUACAGAGUUCAGUAGAAGCAGCUGGAAACCGCGCAGUAAAACAUUUCCUUAAUAUGUUUGCUUUGCUGGGCUUAGGAUGUGACGUCUCGGUGUUUGUAUAAGAUGUAAAUAGGUUCUGUAUAUACACAUCAAUUCUCCCACGGAUCCAGAGAUUUACGAGAUAAUUUCAGGCGUGGCAAGGAAAGCUUUGUUUUUAAUGGGUUUGGUGAAUUGUGGUGAAAUUCCCUUUUCUACAGUACAACCAGUGGGACCCUGAACCAAACACCCAGAUUGUAUUUUUUUAUAUUGCUCUCGAUCCUUUCAAAUGAAAUACAUUCCUUUAACAGUAAGACCCUGAACAAUUGGUCAAGAAAGAAAGCAUACCUUUCAAUAAAAAGCUUCCAUAACUUCCCCCCCCACCACUUUGUGCGCACUAAAAUUUUGAAUUAACAGUUGCUUUUUGUUUGUGAAGAAAGACUGCUGUAACACAGAACUGCGGAGAGAGGAAUUCUGCGCUAUGUGUGAGGAGACGCAGUGAGAGACAGAGAGAGCUGUAAGAGUGAGACCAGCUUUCUAAGAAUGAGAGGUACUGGGUUUCUGAGGGAAUAACGAUGUCUAAUCUUAUCAAUGUUUGAAGUGACGCAUUGCCUUAAGCUUGUUUGGUUUUUCUUCCCUUCACAUCCUUUUCACAAACAGCAGCAAUUCACGUCACUACACUUAAGACUCAACAAACGUAGGAAUUACUGAAUUCAACGAUGGAACAUGCCUCACUCUAAUGCGCACUGUACAGCAGCCAGUCAGCAUUUACAGCAGUGAAUCAAUCCUUUUUUUUUCCACCGUGGGUCUUGGAUGGAAAUAAAUGGAAAAAUGUUCUAGCCCAUUGGUUAUAUUGUCUGGUCUGUUGAAUCAUUUCGUUGGCUAACAACAAAAAAUUAUGCAUUUUUAAAGAAAAUAAACUAAGUGCUGAUGGAAGGAC